AUGGAAUGUUAUUUAUUAAUAUUAAUCCUUUUAUUGAUUUUAUUUCAAAAAAUUAAUUGCAAUUUUUCUAAUCAUAAAAAAGAAAAUAGUACUAUAUUUUUUCGAGCGCAAAAGGGAAGGACUAAAUAUAUUAAGACCAAUCAGUAUUCUUCAAAAUGGAGAAAAAUAUAUUUUACAAACAUUGUAGAAAACGCAGUUAAGAAAUGGAAGAAAUUAAAAAAAAUAAAGAAAUUUAAAAACAAUUAUUUCUCUUGCUCAUUUGAAAAAAGAACAAUCACAUGCAAAAUUAUAACUCCUUUUUUUAUUACUAAUAUAUUUUUAAAAAAAAAAAAGUGUGUAUACACUUUAGCAAAAGCCAAUCCUUUUAAUUAUUAUGCAAAUUGUCUUCAUAAAAAAAAUAAACACAAAUGGAACAUAUAUAACAAUUAUAUAUUUAAUUUAUUUAAUAAAAUAAGUAUUAUCGCAAGGAAAAAACAAAAAUGGUGUGCAUUAAAAUUUUCCUAUGAUAAUAUUUCGUCAAAUUCCAAUGAAAAAGGAAAUGAACAAAACAGUUCGGAAACACCAAUGUGUAAUAGUAAUAUUAAAUGUGUACUAACUAAUAUUUUAAAAAAUAAUUUCAUAUAUAAUUAUCCUAAAAAGGAUGAAUUAAACAAAUUGGUAACAAAAAUAACUUGUUUAUUUUAUAAAUUAAAUAAAUAUAAUUAUGAAAACAAAAAUAAUGUGGCAUUAAAUAUAUGGGGCAAACCUAUAAAUAUUAUUUCUAUUAAAGCAUGCAUAGACAAUAUACUAAAUUGUUUGUCUAAUAAUAAGUAUAAUAAAGAGGAUUUUUUAAAUAAUAAUAUAUUUUUUAAAUACGAAAAUGAAAUUGAAAAAAAAUUAUUUUUUCAUCUUCAAUAUUUUUAUUCAGUUUAUAUAAAGUAUAUAUAUCAAAAAGAAAAAUUAUUUUACGAAUUAAACGAAAAUAAUCGAGAAAUAAAUAGUCAUAUAAAUAACGUGUUUAUAUAUUUAUAUGAUAAAGAUGAUGCUAAUGUAGAAGAAUUUUAUGAAUAUUUGAAAAAUAUAUAUGGAGAAGACGUGGUUAGUUUUUUUAAUUAUAAAAGGUAUAUACACAAUGAUAAUAAAUUUUCCAUUAUUUUAUUGUCAUAUAAUGAAUUUUUAAAAUUAUGCUUUUUAAUCAGCCAAAAUGAAAUCAUCCCUUAUAAUAAUUUGCGUGGUUACUUAAAGAAUGAUGGAAUUUAUUCAUCACAAAAAAAUAUAAAUAGUAAUAAUGUAAUAAAAAACAACAAUCAUUGUGAAAAUUUUUUUGUAAAUUUACGACAUUUCUUUUCAAGUCUUAUUGACAUAAGGGUGAACAAGCUAAAUGACAUAUGCGAAGAGAAUGGGCAUAAAAGGGGAUAUUAUAAAUGUAAAUUUUUUUUUGAUAAUUUUAGCUUGAAAUAUAAUUAUGAAAAUAAUGUGAUGGAAAAAAAUAUAUAUGAAAAUAUUUUUUCAUUACUAAACUUGAAUGAAAAACAAAAUAAAAUAAGCUUUAAUUUUUUAUGCAAUGACAAUUUUAAUUUGAAAUUAUUUCAAUUUUGGAUAGCAAGUGUGCAUAAUAACUGCAUGAUAAUAAAUUUUUCUAAAGAAAAAAAUACAUUUUUAUUACACAAAAAAUACAUUUUAAAACUUGGAAACAAAAAUUUUGAAGAUGAGCACAUCCCGAACACCCUAAGACAUAACUAUGACCUAUCAAACUAUGACAAAAAUUUUGAAUCACUUAUUUUAAGUUAUAUAAAAAAUCGAAAGAAAAACAAUGUUGCUGAAAAAAAUGCAGAAAAUUUGUCUAUAUUUAAUAAUUACAGAAAAAAAAUAAUAAUAAAAUAUUUAAAAGAACAUAAUUUAUAUAAUUUGAACAAAUUAAAAAAAAAAAGUAGCGAUAUAAAAAGAAAUAUAAAUAUAGCCAAAAAAAUUGUUAAAAAAAAAAAAAAAAAAGCGGGGCACGCAUACAGUUUUAAUAUUUCGGAUUAUUUAAACUUUAUUAUUAAUAAUAAAAAAAAAGGAUCUAUAUUUUUGAAAAAAAAUAUUAUCAAUCCAUUCUAUAUUGAAAAAAAGGAAAAUCUUCAAUCAAAUGACAAGGCAAAAAUAUUGUCCAAAAAUAUUAACAUCGUUCAAAACAGCUUGGACAUAUCGGAAAAAUCAAGACUUUCCAAUAAUAAAAAUAAAAAUGAUUAUAUAAAUAAACAAUUUUAUUAUCUAUACAAUCCUCACAGUGUUAAACAAAAUAUACAUACUCCAAUUGAAAAAAAAAAUAGGAGUAAUUUUAAAACAAACUACAUAAAUAUUCAAUAUGACCAAUGUGAUGAGGAUAAACAACUUUGGACUCAAAAUACAUCCAAUUUUUCCCAAAACUUUAAAGAUAACUUAGAAAAGUAUAAUAAUAGUAAAAGAGAUGAUGAAAAAAGAAUAAAUAACAUAGUAGAAAUAUAUCCUUGUAUAUAUUAUAUUUUUAACAAGGUUGAAUUUUUGUCAUUUUCCAAAAAUUUAUAUACUAUUUUCAAAUUAAUUAAUAAAGAAAUGUGUGAAAAAUUAAAAGACAAAUUAAAAAAAUAUAACCAAACAAUAAUAGACACAAAAAACGAAAACAUAUUAAUGUUUAUAAAAUAUUUAUAUAAAGGUAUUUUUCUUAUAAAUACUCAUUUAAAUGAUAUAGAAAAAAAAUUUCUCACUGAAUUAAUAAAAAAUAAUAUUGUUAAAAUUGUUUUAUCUUGUAUUGAUAUUUCAUCAUACAAUAUAUCGGUAAGUAGCAUAUUUGUAGAAGAUUUUCAAAUAUAUAAUAAAAAUAAAUUAAAUCAGUACAAUCUUUUAAUUAACAAAAUAAAUCAAUUACAUGAGCAAAUUUUUGUGUUAUCUCAAAAUUGUGAAAGAAAAAAAAGUAUUAUUGAAAUUCAGAAUAACGUAGAUGAUAAUUACAUGAUUAUAUCUGAUGAUAUGUAUAGAUUACAUUUUAUAAAAUAUUUUAUGUUUUUAAAUUUUAGAAAAAUAUUUCCUAAAUAUACAUUAUCAAAUAACAAUUUACAAAAUUUUUCUAAAAAUUCAACAAACUAUUUUUUAAUUCCUAAAAGAUAUGAAGACAUUCCUAUCAUUUUAAAUAUAAAUAAUAAUAGCUAUUUAAACCUAUCAAAUUUUAAUAAGGUUAUAAUUAAUGAUUUUUAUUUUAAUUUAUACUAUGAUAAUAUAUGUAAGGGUAUAUUUAUAAAAUUAAAAAAAAUUAAGGACGUAAUAAAGGGCAAAAUUCUUGAAACAUAUAUAGAUAAUAUAAAUAAACUAGCAAAAUAUGAUAUAUUAACUUCAAAUGGAAAAAAAAAAAAUUUCAAUUUUUUUGAUAAUAAAAUUGUUGAAGAAAAACAUCCUCAAUAUUAUUACACUAUUUUUAAAAACUUAAUAAAAAAUUCGUAUAAUAUUCAUAAAAUGUACAAACAUAAAAAAUUGAAUGAGACAAUAUUAAUAAAUAGUUAUAUGGAUAUUUAUAAUAAUGUGUCAUAUAAUUUAAAUUAUUUUGAUGUUUUAUAUUUAUUUUUUAUGAAAGAAGAACGCCUUGAUUUAAUUUCUGACUUUCUUAAGAACUGCUUUUUUAACUUUUAUUUAAUGCAAAGAGAAAAGUACGAAAAAAAAUAUAUAAAAUAUGAUAAAUACAAUAAAUUAAAUAUAUAUAGCACAUAUCUUGAAAAAAUAAAUAAAUAUUUUGACAAUGAUUAUCUUACUAUGUAUUAUAACACGUACCUUAAUUAUCGAAAAUUAAAAAAAAAAAUUAGACAAAAAUUGAGAAAUUUAUAUGAAGAAAAAUACAAGCGCCUAGAAAAGCAAAUAAAUAAUAUGAAGAAAAAUAAUUUUAAAAACAAAGUAUUUAUAACAAUUAACAAUGAAAAGUGUAUAGUAAUAGAUUGUUAUGAUCUCGUAAAAAAAAGGGAAAACAAUUCCAUAAUUUAUAGUAAUUAUAAUAUUGAGAAUAAUAAUUCUUUGUUUCAUAAUAAAAAUACCUUUAUCUGCUUUAACGAUAAAAGUGAACUUAUUGUUUGUAAUGCUUCAUUUUUUAGCUACGUCAUAUAUGACAAAAACAAAUAUGAUAGUAUAAAAAGCAUGCUCAAAGAUAUUAACUACUAUAAUUAUUUAUUCGAAAAAAGAAAAAUAGAAACAUAUGAAAUAUUUAUAAAAGAAAAUAUAUUCAAAUUUAGUAUUCCCAAAAUAAAGACAAAGAAUCAACUCAAGAAAUGUUUAACGAUAAGACAGAAAAAAAAAAUAAUAAAGCAUGCCAAAAUUAACAGAAUAUAUAUAUAUAAUAUACAAAAAAAUGAAAAUAAUAAAAUAAAUGAUAUACAGAAAAAAAAAAAAUUUAUAUCAUCUAUCAAUAUUGAUAAUCUAUUUCUUAAUUCUUAUGAUGAGCAACUUUAUCAAAUGAAGAAUAAUUUACUUUUAUAUUUUGAGAAAAUGAAAAAAAUCAAGCUUAAAUUAUAUAUGCAAUAUUUUCAUAAAAAAAAAAAUAUUAAAGAAAAACGAAAAGAAGGAAAAAAUAUCCAACGAAAUGAUGAAGUGACACACCCGAUACAACACUCUACUAUUAAUGAAAAUAUGGUUUUUAAAAAAAAAAUUAUUUCACUAUCUAAUGUGCAUAAAAAAAAAAAAUAUAUAUUACGAAUAAAAUUUAUGAAAAAUUUAAAUAUUCUUAAUAAAAAAAAAAACAGCGGAAAUAAAAAUGUUUAUAUGAACGAAUUAAACAAAUUAAAUCGUAUUUUAGGAAAUACAUAUAAUCAUCAAAAUGUUAUGGACCAAUUUUAUGAUAUAUUCUAUUUUCUUAAAAAAAAUAAUUUAAUAAAUAUAUUAAAAAAUUAUAUAAAUCCAUAUAUUAAAAAUACCAUGUGGUAUUAUAUAAUAACCCAGUAUAUUAAUAAUGCAUAUCAGUUAAACAUAAAUCAGCUUAAUUUCAAGCCUGAGUUAAUAAUUAUAAUUUUUUACAUUUGUUUUUCUAAAAAGGAAACUGAUUAUUUGGAUAAUUAUUUGAGCUCACUUGAAAUUAAAGAUAAUUUUUUAAAACAGAUUGUCUCAGAUAUUUAUAUAUAUAAGGAACUUUUAACAAUAGUUCAAUCAAGAUACAAUAUAAGGAUCGAUAUUCAAUUUAACUUAUAUAAUAUUAAUGAUAUUUAUGAUGGAUUAAUUAAAUUGAAGAUCAAUAAAUAUGACGAAAUUAGCAAAAAUGUGGAAGCCAAUUUAAAUGAACUUAAUUUAAUAUUAUAUAAUAUUUUGUCUACUAAUUUUAAUAAAAGAAUAAAUAAUAUUAUUUUAGACUUUAUUAAUGAGUUUCAAAAAUAUAAAAAAUAUAAAUAUAUAUAA